UUCUAGGCGCUCUAUAUUUACCUUUCGUAUUAGGUAUAAAAAGCCGAUAAUAGAUGUAUUCGUCGUAAAUUGCUCUCCGAUUAUAAAAGGAGGUCAAAAUUCACUCCGGAAAAGCUCCGACUCGAUUUUCCUAGCUACAUGUUUCAUUGGCAUCACAUUUUCUAGAAGGAAGCCAGCCUCUGUGUAUACAAGGUAAGUUAUAUUUCAUCCUUGCUUUUGCUUUGUUCGAUUGUUUUGAGCUGACAUGUCUACCCCUCCCCGUUUGAAGCUUACAACUUAAACGUGCACUUUUCUGAUGAUUUUGCAGUGCGGGACCUUUGAAAGACGGUUGCAGUUAGCAAAGGAAUUCCGUUUGCCUCAGUUUAUUUCAUUAAGCGAUCUUUCAACAGCUGCUGUAAAGCUUCCGAAGCGAGAAUUAAGAAGGCAGGUUGAUCAGUUUGAGCCGGAUUUCGAAAAGACACCUGACUUCUACUGCGACCGAAGAUGAUAGUCAUUCCACGCUUCGCAACUUUGAUGGCAGUUCUUGUUUUGUUUACAAGCAGCGAAAUCGAUUCUGUCAACUGCACCAAUGAGAAGCCUUUAGUCGAGACAAGCUAUGGAAAAAUAGAGGGAGUUAGACGCAACUUUCCUCACAUUAACAUGCCAAUAACAUCUGUAAACAAAUUUCUAGGGAUCCCGUAUGCAGCGCCACCGAUCGGAAAACUACGGUUUCAACCUCCAUCGAAACCUUCCACUUGGAAACCAGAGGUUUACAACGCUUCCUUCUUUAGAAACAUCUGUAUUCAACCUCCCGAGUAUAACGAACUUUUUUGGCCAAAUUUUUCUCAUCCUGAAAGCGAGGACUGUCUAUAUCUAAAUGUCUACACCCCCCUGAGUAAUACCAGCUCAGCAAGGAAUUUGUUUCCGGUUAUGGUGUAUAUUCACGGGGGAGGAUACGAGGUCGGCACCCCUGUCGUAUCACCCGGGGACAUAAUCCCCUUGUGGGGUGUUGUGCUGGUCACAAUACAGUAUCGCUUAGGACCUUUUGGAUUUGUUACCACCGGAGAUGCAGAGGCCCCUGGAAAUUAUGGGAUGUUAGAUCAGAUCGAGGCUCUUAAGUGGGUUCAAGAGAACAUCAAGGCUUUUGGAGGGGAUCGUUCUAAAGUAACAAUCUUUGGUGAAAGCGCCGGAGGAUCCAGCGUGGGACUUUUGUUGAUGUCUCCGCUGUCUAAGGGCCUUUUUCUUCGUGCUAUUCCCAUGAGUGGAGUUGAACUGUCACCUUUUGCAAUCGGCGUCAAAGCCAACGCUUUAUCGCAUACAAAAGAACUGGCAUCAAGACUUGGUUGCCCCGUUAAAGAAAGCGAGGCAACUAUCAAGUGCCUUCGGUCAACUGACGCUCCUCAGCUUGUAAAGAUAUAUGACGCUGCAAAUAUCUGGAGACCCGUAGUUGAUGGGAAGUUUCUCACGGACACACCCGAGAAUCUCCGAAGAACAGGAAAAUUUCAUCACUUAGACCUCAUGUCCGGAUUUACGAGUCAGGAAGGCGCUUACUUCUUUCCUUCUCUCAUCAGUGAAGUAACGUCCAACACUUUUCGCCAUAAUAUUAAAGACGCCAUUUCUUAUAUUAUCAACAAGUACGGACAGACUCAUACACCAAGUUAUAAACUACCAGAAAAACUGUUAGAUGCAAUUGUGUUUAUGUAUACACCCUGGCCAUACAUCCACAACGCCACCAAAUUCAAGAUUGGUUUCGCAGAUGCCGUGACUGAUUCGUGCGUGGCGGAGCCCACGCACGCGAGUUUGCUUUCCCAUAGUGCUCAGAGCCCUGUGUAUAUGUACGAAUUCGCGUUCCGCUCUAAACUAAACCCCGCAGCUGACUGGCUGGGAGUGAGACACAAAGAUGACACACCUUACCAGUUUGGUUUUCCGCUCAUGAACCUUACAGUUCUUCAAAAUUACACCGAAGAAGACCGCAACGUGAGCAAAUUGAUCAUUACCUUAUUCACAAAUUUUGCUAAAUAUGGUAAUCCGACUCCCCAACCUUUGAGAGGAGUGACAUGGAAGCAGUUUAACGCAACUUAUCGAGCCUACCUUCGCAUUAAAGAACAGCCCGAAAUGGCGAUUAACUUCUUCCCGACACGAAUGGCAUUCUGGGACGAGUAUUAUAAGACGUUUUUAAAGGAGAAAGAAUGCCUUGUUAAAGCCAGAGCAAGCCGGGGCACGCAUGCGUGUUGCAAGGAGACAUUUAGUUAUUUCUUUACCCUCAUUCUUAUUAUAGUCGCGUUUUCGAUGUUUUCAAAUCGCAUUGAAUAGUAAGAAUUUAUGCACUUUAUAAAAAAAACAACAACGUAAAUUCCCCUUUCUAGCAAAAAUGGGGUUUCAUUCACGUCUUUGCGCUCGCGAUCUUUUGCGCUGGUGCGUUGAGGCUAGAUGCAUGAUGUAAUAAUCUUCUUGAUCUAUAAGGUAAACAAACAGCAAUACCCUGACAGUAGGAAUUACACAAUAGGGAAAGAUAAUUAGAAAUUACCGAAGCGAGCACAAUUCAGAGGAUUUUGUUUAAACCCUCAGACUUGAAUGCGAGGAUGACUGUAUAAUUUAAUGAAACUUCAAACAGAAAAGAAACUGCUUGUACUGAAACCCAGAACACGGAAUCGAAGAGCUGCCCAGAACAUCUCAAGCGUAAACUACAAGGUAAAAGUCUAUCAGUACUACGUCGGUAAUUCGAAACAGUACACAUCACACAGACAAACCUGAGGUGGUUUUCACGUUACGUCAUCGCCGCCAUGCUGGUGGACGGUAAACAAAAGAUCGCUCAUUAGCUCGCUUUGUUUGUCCACCAGCAUUUGUUCAUUUCACCAUUGUUAUUUGUGUCUCCCGAGAUUGCAUGAAGACCACCUAUAGGGAGCUUUAGCAACGACGACGGCGACGGCAAAUAGGACGUCAGAAAAGCAAUAGCUUUAUUACGCAAAACAAACUUUGCAUGUGCAUUACGCUUUUUUGUACAUUUCUUUACCGUCCUUGCACGACUACGGCGUGAAAAUGCCUAAUUGCAAGUUUUAUGGAGGACGUAAACAAGCGACGACGAAUCUCUUUUUCUCUCUCUAAACUUGAGUGCGGUCCUCAAGAAAUCAACUCCAGGGAAAUUCGCCUACACUUGCCAUUUUUAGCAAAUUGGAAUAAACGCGACAAAGAUUGAAAAAACGGGAAUUCAUUUUAAAACUGACGUUUUCGCUGCAAUUGCCGUCGUCGAUGCUAAAGCUCCCUAAUGGCCGGGGGGGGGGACGAAAGGGGUACCUUUCUCAGGCUUCAGGUAUAUAAAAGCCAGGGAUUUCACUAGUUGAAGUAUAUAAAAGGGUGGGCAAAUCCGUCAUUUGGGUCUGUUAAGGGGCCCAAAAGGGCUAAAAAAAUGAAUCUUAUGGCUUUAAAAAGUAGAGAAAACGUUCUGUUUUUUGAUUGAUUCCCAUUUAAAAGACAGUGCAUUUACAGCAGUUAAAAGGGGUGCAAAGUUCCAAACAAGGUAUGUGACAGGGGUACCAUUUGUCAAUAGAAGGUAUACGAAAGGGGUACCUUUUUCGUGAAAAAUGGUAUAUAAAAGGGUAAGGGGUUGGACCUUGGAGCGAAGCCUCCCCGUAUAAACAUUCGUUGAG